AUGGCCUUGAAAGAAACCAUUGAUCUUCCAUUAUUCGACAUCUCGCAAGAGACUCCCGAGCUGGGCAAAGCGAUUGUGGACGCCGCAGCAAAAUGGGGCUUCUUGUGGAUCGCACCAUCGCCUUCAAUGUCCGACGCUGAAGCGACGACCAAAGGCACGUACUUCCUCGACGAAGCAACAGUCGACAAUGUCUUCGACAUUUCACGGCGCUUUUUCAAGGAUGCGCCCAUUGAGGAAAAGACAGCAUGCGCCAUCAAGCACAACCGAGGUUACGUCGGCAUGCACGUCGAGAACCUCGACCCGACCAAGCACAAACGCGGCGAUUUCAAGCAGUGCUUCAACCUCUCCGGCCCUGACCCAAGCACCAACGAAUGGCUGCAGCCGCUGCCGACGACAUUUCAACAAGAAGACGCCGCGCUCCGCGACUUCCAUGAUAGGUGUAGGAAGAUGUCGUACCGCAUAUUACGACUGAUCGCAAUGGGCCUGGCUAUCCCUGAUGUCGAUUGGAUAGCGCGCACGCACGACAAUGCGCCGAACACGUCGCGCCUCCUGUGGUAUCCUACACUCCCGCCUGAUACGGACUUUGACCCAGAAGCCGACAUUGGUGCCGGUGCGCACUCCGACUAUGGCAGCAUCACGCUUCUAUUCACAAGACCGGGUCAGCCGGGUCUGGAGAUCCUAAAGCCAGACGGGGACUGGGCGAGUGUACCCAUCUUCCCACCAAAGUAUCAUUCCGACACUUUCCCACCGGUCGUCGUGAACAUUGGGGAUUUGUUGAGUUAUUGGACCAACGGCUUAUUGAGGUCGACUGUUCAUCGUGUCGUGCUGGCGCCGCCGACAAGUAAAGAAAACUCGGCAAAUGAAGAUGCGACCAAUGGGUCUGCGACCAAUGGUCACAACCACAGUAACGGCGACACAGGCUCCAAAGCCGAUCGGUACUCCAUCGCGAUCUUUGUCCAGCCCCAUGAGGAUGCGAAGCUUGUUCCGAUGCCAUCACCACUCGUGGCGGAUAGGGCUGAGAGCUUCCGGAAGGAGGUCAUUGGUCACGGCGGCGGUGUUACCGAUGCUGAGGGAAUGAAGACGCUGACAUCGGGUGAUUAUCUGAGCGCGAGGUUGAAGGCAACAUAUGGUGCCGUCUUUGAGAGGGAGAAAAAGUAG